GGCCCCGCCCCCAGCCUGUCUUGCUGCCAGGGCGCAGUCCUGAGUACCGAGAUUUCGCCUGGUGCUUGCACCCACUCGCGCACCCACACUCUUGCACUUGUGUCGCUUCAGUUGCUCCUUGCCGACCAGUACGCGGGGCUUGGUUCUCUAUCCGAUUGCAAAGCGGCCAAGCAUGAUGAGGCGGGCAGCACUGCGGCUUUGUGCCUUGAGCAAAGGGCUGCUUAUUCCUGGCAGAGGACUGACUCAAGGAUCCCAGGACCCUGGGAAACAGGGAAUCUUCCACAUUCAUGAAGCACGUUCACCUGUACAUGUGAAUCAUGUUCGAGAUAAGCUGCGGGAGAUAGUAGGAGCAUCUACAAAUUGGAGAGACCAUGUGAGAGCUAUGGAGGAAAGGAAGUUACUUCAUAGUUUUUUGGCUAAGUCACAGGAAGAACUACCACCUAGGAGAAUGAAGGACAGUUAUAUUGAAGUUCUCUUACCUUUGGGUAGUGAACCUGAAUUACGAGAGAAAUAUUUGACUGUUCAAAACACUGUAAGAUUUGGGAGAAUUCUUGAGGAUCUUGACAGCUUAGGAGUUCUUGUUUGCUACAUGCACACCAAAAAUGAUUCAUCUAAGAUGUCUCCUUUAUCUAUAGUUACAGCCUUGGUGGACAAGAUUGAUAUGUGUAAGAAGAACUUAAGCCCAGAGCAGGAUAUUAAAUUCAGUGGCCAUGUUAGCUGGGUUGGAAAGUCAUCCAUGGAAGUGAAGAUGCAAAUGUUCCAGUUGAAUGGUGAUGAAUUUUGGCCUGUUUUGGAUGCAACAUUUGUAAUGGUGGCUCGUGAUUCUGAAAAUAAAGGGCCGGCAUUUGUAAAUCCGCUAAUCCCUGAAAGCAUGGAGGAGGAAGAGCUCUUUAAACAAGGAGAAUUGAAUAAGGGGAGAAGGAUUGCUUUCAGUUCCACUUCAUUACUCAAAAUGGCUCCCAGUGCUGAGGAGAGGACCACCAUACAUGAGAUGUUUCUUAGCACACUGGAUCCAAAGACUAUAAGUUUUCACAGUCGAGUUUUGCCUCCUAAUGCAGUGUGGAUGGAGAAUACAAAACUGAAGAGCUUGGAAAUUUGCCACCCUCAGGAACGGAACAUUUUCAAUCGGAUCUUUGGUGGUUUCCUUAUGAGGAAAGCAUAUGAACUUGCAUGGGCUACAGCUUGUAGCUUUGGUGGUUCCCGACCAUUUGUGGUAGCAGUGGAUGAUAUCAUGUUUCAAAAACCUGUUGAUGUUGGCUCAUUGCUCUUUCUUUCUUCACAGGUGUGCUUUACUCAGAACAAUUACAUUCAAGUCAGAGUACAUAGUGAAGUGGCCUCUCUUCAGAAAAAAGAGCAUAUGACCACCAAUGUCUUUCAUUUUACAUUCAUGUCGGAAAAAGAAGUGCCCUUGGUUUAUCCUAAAACAUAUGGAGAGUCCAUGUUGUAUUUAGAUGGGCAGCGGCAUUUCAGCUCCAUGAGUGUCCCUGUGAGCUUGAGAAAAGACAACCGUGUGGAACCCUAGGAAAACCUCACUUGUUGCAAACCAGCACUCCACCUGCAGUGACAUAGUGCCUAAUGAAAGCCAAUCAAGUGUAUUGGGUUUUAGCAUUGCUUCUUAUCCUUCAUAGACAAGGAGAAUGUAUUCAGCUUUUAGGAUAUUCAGAAAAACAGAACAAGAGUGGCUGGGUGGGGCUGAGAGGAUAAAGUUAUUAAAUAAUAAAUACUUUCAAAACUGUAUUGUGAACCUACAUGUUGACCCUCCACCCCUAUCUGCUAAAGGAAUUAGGACAGAACGCCUUUAUGUACAGUUGGACACAUACUUUUCUUACAUUGCAACAAUCAAAAUAUAGUUUCCUGUCAGGGUGUAUGGUUGACAUUCUUUGAACCUGACCAGUUCCCCUAUGUCAUAUAAAACCUCAUCAACCUUACAUGAUUGUAUUUGUUUCCAUCUACUUAUCAGCUUUUUUUAGCAGAAGGUGCAUGAAAAAUUAGGGAAAAGGGGUCCAACAAAGGAUAUGGCAUCUGCAAAGACUGGUGGGAAGCUUUAGGUAGUCUAAAAUUCCACAAGGAGUUAUUUAGAGAUGGCUUAGAGGAAGAAACACAGGAGCAUUUGUUCAUUCUUUCAUUCAUUAGACAGCUAUUCAGCAUACUGUGCUAUGGGUUGGGCAGGAUAUAUCUGAUUUAAAAAUAAUAAUAGCUGCAUGUGUUUAUAGAGCACUUGCCAUGUGCUAGGUAGACACUGCCCUCAGUACUUGCAUGCAUUAGCUUAUUUAUUUCUUCCAACCAGCAUUGUGAGGCAGGUUCUGUAACUCCUUUGUAGGAUUAGGCCACUCAGAAAACUGAAGCACAGAUAGGUUAAGUAACUUCCUCAAGGUCCAACAGCUCAGACAUGAAUCAGGUAGUGUGAGUCAGGGUACUCUUGAGCAGUAUAAUGUACUGCUUUCAAGAAAUAUAGCAGCGGGGCUGGGGAGAUAGCUCAGUCGGUAAGAGUGCUUGCCUUGUAAGCACAAGGCCCUGGGUUCAAUCCCCAGCACCGCAAAAAAAAAAAAAAAAGGAAAUAUAGCAGGGGAGAUCCCAAUAUCACAGUGUCACCCAGGAAUGGGAAGGAGGGCAUUCUAAACUUUUUGUGUGUGUGCUAAGGAUCAAAACCAGGGCCUUGCAUAUGCUCUACAACUCCAGCCAGAGUUCCCAUUAAUCUGCAGCCAAGAAAGUUUAUUCCUUGAAGGGAGGGAAACAUGUAGAAGGAAAAAGGAACCUCUGAAAAUGAUGUUCCCAAGAUUAAAGCAGUCUUUGUUAUGGGUUCUAGGUUGCAAAUGUGGCUCUGACUUGGAAUUAGCUGGAGUGUUUUAAAAUGCUUUUGUAUUAGUUUAUGUAAUUUUAUUAAAAUCACAAUAUCAUGCACCUCUGGCAUAAGUAGUCCUGGGAACAAACAGUUCUCUCAGAGACACACAAUUAAACUCAAUGGGAUCAAGCCAGUGCUAUACUAUAGAAGCUUGUUUCUGCACAUUGUAAUACCAUCGAAAGAUAUACUUGGUCCUUCAGUUUAUUUUUCAUGUCUACCUGUAAAAUAGUAGAAACUGGUGAGUCUAGGUUGGCUAAUGGGGACCCUGGGAACUUUUGUGAGUAUGUUAAAUGAGCUCGGCUUUUGUGAGCUCGGCUAAGAGAUCUAAUACAUACUAUUGUAUACAUUAUGCAUCAUAUAAUUAGCCAUUUGUUGUUGUAUACUGAGGCUUUUUCUAGAACCUUGUUUUUGUUAUUAUAAACAGUGUUCCUAGGACUAUCUUAAAUAUCUAAAACAUUUGACCCCUAAAUUAUUUCUUCAGGCAAAGUGUAGAGAAGUGAACUACACAGUGAAGGCCUUGAAUAUGUAUUUUAUUUUUAAUAUUUACUUUUUCUGUGGUACUGGGGAUUGAACCCAUGGGCACUGUACUACUAAGCCACAUCCCCAGCCCUUUUUAUUUUUUAUUUUGAGACAGGGUCUUGCUAAGUCAUGUAGGGCCUCACUAGGUUGCUGAGGCUGGCUUGGAACUUGUGAUCCUCUUGCCUCAGUCUUUGGAGUUGCUGGGAAUAUAAGCAAGUGCUACCACAUCUGGCUGUAUAUGUAUUUUACAUAAGUCUCUAGAACAGUUACACAAACUCACUUAUUAGCGAUUUUUCUGAACUUUGCCAUUUUAUCUUUCCUUGCAAAAACAUCUUUUUGCUGUUUUGAGAGGUGAAAAAUGACAUUUGUUAAUUACCUUUCUUUGAAUUCUCCUGAGAUUGAACUUAAAUUGCUUAUUGUCUCUUUAUUUGUUCAAGCCAUUCUGGAUAUUAGAAUCUUAACCCAAAAUUGUUACCAUCUACCAAUGCAGGUAUAAGAACUAUGGGUUUUAAUUUUUAAUACAGAAUUUUAAGUAGAUGAGAUACAGCAAACUAUUAAGGAUAUACAACUGGUUCUGGAUUAUUAGUGUUGUCUCACUCUUUUUCAAGGAACACAAGAACUUUUUUAUUUUUAAUAAUUCUUUUAAUUUUUAGAUUCUCAACAUCUACAUAGCUAUGAGAAAACAUUUUCAUGCCCUUCCAACAAAAUGAGAAAAAGUAGCAGUACAUUCUAAUAAUCAAAACAAAACUUUUAUUACUUUCUAACAAAAAGUCAUACAUACUAAUUGGGAAAUUAAAGUUUAUCCAACCAACCUAAGUCAGGAAGGCUUCUUUGUGCACAAAUGAACAGGUAAGCAUACAUAUCCUAAAUACAUAACACCAUGGGCUAUACCAACAUUUGUAGCCCUUUUAAUUUGAGGAGUUCCACAAAUGUCUGUUAUAAAAUAUACAGUGAAAAUGCUCUUAGAAAAAAAAUUGAUUAGUAGAUUUUAGUUUGUUUUAGACAAACUUGUCUACUUUCUGUUUAUAUAUCAUAGCACCACAAUCGUUACUCAGAAUUCACUUUUUCUGAGAAAGAGAAAAACUAAAUUUUAAAUUAACACCAGAAUUCUUCACAUAUUUACCCAAUCUAUCAAAUAUGACUAUCAUAUAAUACAGUACGUGUAAUUAUGCACCAAAAAUGUAGAUCCUACCAAGUAUACAAAAAGUAACAAUUUCAAUGAUCAAAUUCAGAGAAAAAAACUUCAUGACAUAAAAACACAAAUGUAAGCUAGAACUACUUUGAGGACAUUUUAUCAUAUUUUUACAUCGAAAGGAUGGAUGAGUGGACAGCAGCAGAAGUGCUAUUAAAACUGUUUUCUGUAAGUUCAAAUUAAUGAAACAAAAGAUCAAAUAGUCUUCAAGUUAAACUUCACAAAAUGAAAACACUGCCUUCUGAUUUAACUUUCAAGAUAAGACAGGGCAAAAUGCAAGUAUCUUACUUUCUAUUUCUGUCUAUAAACAAAAGUCCAAUAUCAACAUAAAUGAUACUAUAAGGAAAUAAACAUAUGGUUGUUUCAAGUUUCACAACAUAAAACACUGUGAUAUAAUGCUCCCACAGUAAAUUUUCAUUUUUCUAUUCCAUUUUUUUUGGUGGUGUUGGGGAAAAAAAUCCAGGGCACCUUGCAAAUGCUAGGCAAGUGCUCUAGCACUGUUACACUCACAAGCAUGUAAAAAUUUUUUUUAACAAGUAAUUAAUGAAUUAAGAAUACAGAACAAGACUGAAAGAAGAUAUUUUUGUAUCCAUAAGAAUCAUCAAACUUAGUUAAUCACAGCUAUUAGCAGUACAAUAGAAUAGCUUUUUUUUUUAAAGGUAACAACAAAGCUUGUGCAUUUCCUUUGUUGCUAUGAAUUUUUGCCCUGCUGGGGAUUGAACCCAGGGCCUCAACACAUACUGGACAAGCACCCUAUCACUGAGUUACAGGUCCAACCCCUAAAACAGCUAUUAAUAACAGAAAGGACAGGGAUCCUUAUUACUCAGUUUUACAGAAACAUAUUUGUACAUUCUCUGCAAUUGCAUGGUCCUUUAAAGACAAUGCAUCUGCUUACAGAACAGAUGACAAUUUUCUAAAGCUUUAAACCACAAAUUUUAAGGACUCCAAAAGACAAGACAGCUUCAUAAUACAGCUUCAGUAAAUCAGAAACUACUUCGUCUACCCAUGCAUUACUCUGUAUAUUUCUCACACUUUUGAAAAACACUUUUCUAUAAGAAAUGAGUCCUUUCAGAUUAUAAUUACCUCUAGUAGAAUUUGUCAUUGUCCAUCUUUUUUGAACAGCUUCAAAUGGAUCUUAAAAGAAGUCUGCUGAUUUUCAUCUGUUGAAUGCUUUAUGUCAGUUUACUUUCUGAACUUACUUUUGGGCUUCUUCCUCUCUUCAUUUAGCAAGUUGGUUGAAGGCCAGGAUGCAGUUCGGAAAGGAUACUCAUCUGGGGAUCCUUUUUGCCGGUUUGGAUGAAUUUGUUCUUUAUCCACGCGCUUCUGAAGUUGUAAUGCCAACAACCUAUCCUCCUCCUCUUGUUUAUGUCUCUCAAAUAAUUGGUGCUCCAAAUUCAUUAUUUUUUGGGCAAAGUUUACUUCUGAUUCCUCUUGAUCGGAGGAAGAUUUGGGGAACAUUUCUCUUUUUGCAGAAAAGCAUGGAUUGUUGACUGCUUCAAAUGAAGAUUCCUUGUUUUCUCUUUUGGCAGUAUUUUUGCUGAUUAGUGGGGGAGACUCUUUUUCUUUCUCGACAGUGUCAUUUCCAAUUUUCUGUGUCAUAUCUGGCAUAGUGCUCCUAUUCUCUGUUUUGGUAUAAGGUUUAACUGCAGCUUCUUUUGAGUAGGAAACUCCAGGUUUAAGUCUCUCAAGCAAGACAACCAACUUUUUAUCACGCCAGUGUGGAAUUGUUUUGGCUUUUCCUUCAAGGCGCUUUUUUGUACCAGAGGCACAAAAUGGUGGCAUAGGUGACUCCAUUGAAGACUUUGCUCCUUGUUUUUUAAUUUCAAGGCCUGUUUGUGGAGAAACCGUUGGCAUGUUUUCUUCAAUUUCUUGCUGCAUAGGGCUCUUAACAUCACUGUCCGUGUUCUUGGAUACAUAGUUUUUCCUGACUUCUUGUACAGCCUCAGACUGUGAUGCUGGCUCAAAUUGAGACAGAGGUGAUAAAUACUUUUCUUCAAUAUUUCUUUGUUUGUUCUUUCUUUUCUUUUGUGACUUCGUUGCAACUGGCUCGGAAUUCAGAGGAGAAGCUGAGAUACUUCCUUCAGAGGAAGCGGUGGCGCUUAGGUUUCUUGCCUGUUCAUUCGUUUCCCAUUUCAUCUCCCUUUGCCUCUUUCUUGUCUUUCUUUGUUGCUCUUCCUCCUCGGCCAACAAUUUUUGUAUGUAUUCUUCACUCGCUUUGUGUUGCUGUUCUUCACGGGCCCGGCGCUCUGCCUCCAUCUUGUUCAUUUCCUGUUCAUAUUCUUUUCUCAGUUCUCCGGGUCUACUUAACACGCGAACUGGUUGGUAGUUAUCAACAACUUUCUCUGAUUCUUGCCCCGAAACUCUGAGUUUGCAUUCAUUUGGGUAGUGUUUUUGAAUUGUCUCCCACAGUUCCAUAUUGACAAGAGAAUUCCUUCGGGUAUGGUACCGAGUCCAUGAAGAUAUCCAGCGGCGACAGAAAGGACAGCAUAAAUUUGCCUUUUCGAUGGUUGACAGGAAGCAUGGCUUACACAGAGUGUGGUUACACGGAAGAGUUACAGGUUCUAUUAGAAUUUCCAGACAAAUCUGGCACUGGUAUUCCGACAAGGAAGGGAUGGCAUGUUUGGAUACAGCCAUUUCAAUCCGUUGACAAGGUCUUCUUAAUAGUAGCACAAAUAGUGGUCUCGCUCACGAGACCACAGCUCUGAGAAAAGUGCUGUUUCCGCCAAGAGGCCGGAACUUCCGUUUGACAGCAAUUGUUGGGCCAGAUCACGAAGCUCUGGCUUGGAGCUUUCUGGAAUUCUGUGCAGGGGCGGUGGGGGUGGCUCGCCCCACCCUGCUCUGCCUCUUCCCAGCAUGCCCCGCUGGCGUUCUGUCAGCCAUAGUUGAGAACUUAGAAACCAGUAGGAGUACUGCUUAGUGUCUAGAAUGAUUCGACCGGUGGAGGUUUGGAAAUUGCUUUGUGUUGAUGUACGAAAAUCACAGUUUUUCUUUAGGCAUUUGUUACCAAAUUCCUAGUUUGGUCUUAGAUAUUUCUUCAGUGUAUGUGGGCUUAGAUAUUUCUUCAGUGUAUGGUCUUUGAGGAUAGUGGGGUGUUGUUUACUUUGCAGUAUUGGGGAUUCAACACAGGGGUGCUCUACCACUGGGCUACAUCCCCAGCCCUUUACCCCUUUUACAUUUUUAGACAGGGUCUUACCAAGUUGCUAAAGCUGGGCUCGAAUUUGUGAUUCUCCUGCCUCAGCCUCCCGAGUCGCUGGGAUUACUGAUGUGUACCCUCACACUUGGUAUGCCGUUUACCUUUCUAAAGACGUUUGCCUGGUCCUGUGGCACAUGCCUGUAAUCUCAGCAUCUCCGGAAUCUGAGGCAGGAGGAUUGUAAGUUCAAGGUCUGCCCCAGCAACUUGGUACAACUGGUCUCAAAAUAAAAAGUAAAAAAAAGGAGGUUGGGGAUUUAGCUCAGUGGCAGAGUGCUUGCCUGGCAUGUGCAAGGCCCUGAGUUUGGUCCUCAGUCCUGAAAAAAAAUAAAAAGGCCUGGGAAUAUAGCUCAGUGGCAGAGUGCUCCUGGGAUCGAUUCCCAGUACCCCCUAACCUCCAAUAAAUAAAUAAUUAUAAAAAGGGCUAAGGAUGUACUUCAGUGGUGUUUUUGCCCUAGGAUUCAAUGCCCAAUACUACAAGCAAGUAAACAAACGAAACCAUAUUUGUUCUUCUGGAUGACUAGACUCACCUGGGAGGUUAUUUUGCUUUGUGUGGUAGUGCCUGGUAGUCAGCUGUGUUCAGCUGGGAGCUCAUAUUGGACUGGAACAUCUGGCCUCUCAGCCGGGGUGCCUUGGAUGGGUGAGGCUCUAUAGCCGGCUGUUUGGAUUAUUUAGCUGGAGGGGACUAAACGCAGCCAGAGAUUUGCAGGUUUUAACUACAUCAUCCCCCUGCCUCUCAAAAGCUUUUUGUGUGGAGGGAAUGAUCAAUGGUAUCACUAAAAUAGGCAAGGGUGAGUAUGGGGAAAAUGGCAUUGAUUGGAUGAUUGAGAAAUUGCUGUUAUGAAAAAUCUUCAAAAGAGUGAUGGUGUCUUGGGCUAGAUGGUGAGAGGCCAAGUCAUUGCAAGUCUUUGUUGGUCUUUCCUGUGUGAAUUCCUCACUGGUGCUAGCCAGAUGUUCUUUUAUAAAAGUUUUAUUGUCAAGUAAUUUUAGGAAGCCCUGUAUGUCUUAGUACUUCUUGGGUAUUUUAUAAUGCAUAUGAGUUUCCACAAGAUUGAAAGUAGGGCCCUAAGAAAACCUGCUUAACCUGACCUGGUGGCACACGCUAGUCACUCAGAAGACUGAGGCAGGAGGAUGACAAGUUCCAGCCCAGCCUGGGCAAUUUUGGUGAGACUGGCUCAAAAUAAAUCAAGUCUGGAAUAGUGGAGCACUCCUGUAAUCCCAGCAACCUGGGAGGCUGAAAACAGGAGGAUCACAAGUUUAAGGUCAACCUUAGCAUCUUAGCAAGACCCUCGGCAACUUAGCAAAACUUG